AUGGGAACGGAAUGCAAAGAACGGCUAGCAAGUACGCUAAGUGAAGACGAGAUUCCUUUGGAAGACAGAAACGCUUUCAAGGCCCAUGCGGAUUUUCUCGCGAGACGACACCAUCAGCAGCGGUCGACUUGGAGGCAAUUAGUCACAUGGGUGAACGGCAAGAUUACCCUGUAUAAUGUGACCUUUGGCCUCUACAUCCUGGAUUGGUGGGAGGUCCUCCUAGUCAACACUGUUGGAGCUCUCAUCCUCUGCUUCCUCCUCUACCACUCGUGUCUCCUCAUCAUCACAUCUGUGAAAACAGUCGCUUCGCCUUGGUCCCUCACAGUCAUGCCUGCCGAGCAACCUCCCCAGUCCCCUGGUGCAGUGCGUAAUGGCCUUUCAGUGCUUGGUGUUCUUCCCCGUCAUGUUGACACCUACAGCGUCCCCAUCGCACCGUUGCCCCGUCCAGCCUCUCCACAACGUAGUGUGGGUACAGUGUACCCGUUUGAGCCGCCGUCCACUUCUGCUGACUGGGAGCCGCACCCGUCAAUUGUGCUUGUGCCAGGCGGAGGCGAAGGGUCGUCUAGACCUGCCGCGGCUUCACCAGACACUGUGAACAGCACCCCGGGGAAACGCCCGCGUGUCGGAGUGAAGUACAUGCAGCAGCGACUAUGGGGAGCCCCGCCACCCCGAAAAGAGGCAUCGCCUCGACGUCCAGUUGCCAGUGAGAACGAGGCGCCACCGAAAACGACCGGUGAUGUACUCUACGAGACCAUAAAGCAUCGCUAUGAUACUGAGUGGAAAGGAAAAUUCAAGUGGUUGCGUCUUAUUCGUCUGCCUAACGGGAAUGCAAAGCUCAAGUGUGACAUCUGUGUGCAGCAUGGCGACCCCGCCGCUCACACAAGCUACGGUGCGCGAGGUGAAGGUGGCCGCGACCUCCAGAUUGGGAGCGUGCGUGCCCAUUCGUCAACACGUGCGCACAAGAACGCGGUCAAGGCUCAAGAAGAAGCAGCAGCUGACAAGGCGAAGCAGGCGACGCUGACACGUUGGCAGACGACUGACGCGUCCACGCGUCACAUCAUUCGCGUUCUGCACAUCGCCCUGUUCAUCUGCAAGGCGGAUGCGCCGAUCGCGAUGUUCAUCCCGCUCUGCUGGUUCUUGGCUAACGAAGGCCUUCCAGACGUUCCUAAUGGUGGUGGCUACGGCGCCUACUACACAGAGUAA